AUCAGCUGUUUUGACUACUUUUAUAGUGAACCUGUUGCUGCCACGCAUAGUAGAAUACCUAGUGUCCUAGUUGAUACGAAAAACAUUCCUCGUUUUUAUUUAUUUGUUUUAAGUUUUUGCCAAUAAAUAUUCAAUUAUGCAUUUGUUUAGAUAUUCCUGUAAUUUACUCUCCAAAGCAUCCCCACAGCGAGUUGCUAGGUUCUGCAGCACUAUCAAACCCAACCCUGAACCAGAAUAUCCCGGUGCAUCAGCGCCUUACAUUGGAAUCCCCAAACUAACAAUGCCCAAAGAAGUUACCCCUAUUCCAAUUUAUCGUGUUAUGGCUACAAAUGGUUGUGUUUUAGAUUCCACCCAAGAUCCUAACCUAUCCAAAGAAACUAUACAGAAAAUGUUUAGAGAUAUGGUUCUGCUUAAUACAAUGGACAAAAUUUUAUAUGAAUCUCAACGUCAAGGCCGUAUUUCAUUUUACAUGACCAAUUAUGGCGAAGAAGCUACCCAUAUUGGUAGUGCUGCGGCAUUGGAACAACGUGAUUUAAUCUAUGGACAGUAUAGAGAGGCUGGGGUACUUGUUUGGAGGGGAUUUACUAUCUCUCAAUUUAUAGAUCAAUGUUAUGGCAAUGUAGAUGAUGCUGGUAGGGGCAAACAAAUGCCUGUACAUUAUGGAUCGAGGGAAUUGAAUUUCGUUACUCUCUCCAGUCCUUUGGCUACACAAAUGCCACAAGCUGUAGGUGCUGCUUAUGCAAUGAAACGACAAAAUAAUGAUACAUGUGUUGUUUGCUAUUUUGGCGAGGGUGCUGCAUCCGAGGGAGAUGCCCAUGCAGCAUUCAAUUUUGCUGCCACACUUGAUUGUCCAGUUAUUCUUUUUUGUCGUAAUAAUGGAUUUGCAAUAUCCACUCCCUCAAGUGAGCAAUACAAGGGUGAUGGUAUUGCUGCACGUGGACCAGCCUAUGGAAUUGCAACAAUUCGUGUUGAUGGUACCGACGUGUUUGCUGUCUACAAUGCUACAAAACUUGCCCGGGAAUAUGUUCUCAAAGAAAACAAACCAAUUCUCAUUGAAGCUAUGACUUAUAGAAUAAGUCACCAUUCAACAUCGGACGAUAGCAGUGCAUAUCGUUCAGCUGAAGAAGUUGAAAUUUGGAAUUCUGAUCGUCAUCCUAUUUCUAAACUAAAGAAUUUCAUGAUUCAAAAAGGAUUCUUCAACGAAACUGAAGAAAGCUCAUUUGUCAGUGAAGUGCGAAAGAAGGUACUAAAACAAAUUACCGAAUCGGAAAAGAAACUUAAACCAAAUUGGAAGGAAAUGUUUGAAGGUGUUUAUCAUGAAAUGCCAAAGCAUUUAAAGGAUCAAAUGAAAGAAAUGGAAGAUCAUAUUGCAGCCCACAAGGAUGCGUAUCCUUUGAAAAAAUUUAAAAACUAAAUCGGUGGAAAUUUGUAACGUGCAGCUUAGCAGCCAACAAACAAAGAGACUUAUUUCAAAUGUGCAUUUAUUUUUGUUGUUAGUUUAAAGGAAAAACUGUUUUAUAGGAAAAGGAUUUUAUUUCAAAUCUUUAAGAGGUUACUCAUAUAUUUGUAUACUUUUACAUUUUAUUGGGACUUUGAUAAUAAAUAUUUUUAUAAAAAUAAAA